AUGAAUAAUGAAAGCUUAAAUAAUUUAGUUGAACACGUUUUAUCAGAACUUAAAAAAACAAAAUUGUAUAUUGAAAAUAUAAUAGAUGAAAAAAAAGAUGAAAAUUAUGAAAAGUACUACGAUAUACUAACUUCUCUGAAAAAAAAAAUUAAUUUAUAUGAAAAUAUUAAUGUAUUAGAUAAAGAUGGAAUGAAUAAUGAUGAAAGUGAAUAUUCAAGAUCUCAAUCCACUGAUAAAUAUAAGGAAUAUGAAACGGGAAGAAAAAAAAAGUUAAAUUUUUUUAAUGAAUAUGAACAAAAUAUAAAAUUAUUCGACAUAAAUAGCUUAAAAAAAAAAGAAAUUGUAGGAUACACAUAUGAAGGAAAUGCAAUAAUUAUAAAUAACUCAAACUUUGUUAAACUUUUUAAGAAUUAUGAUAAAAGUGACUCUUUUAAAUGUCGUAAUAGAGAAAUUACACAUGUUUCAAAAAAUACUAAGGAAAAGAGGAAAAAAGGAAAUGAUAAAGAAAAUGAAGAAAAUGAUAAAAGUAAAGUCGAUGAAAAAAUUGAAGAAGAUUAUUUAAGCGAAAAAUCCUGUUCAAGCUCUAGUGUAAUUUCUCUAAAAACAUUUAUAAAAAAUAAUGAAAAUUUAAGAAUAUAUAAAAAUAGAGAAGCAUAUAUAAAACAUAAAUAUGAUGAUAAUUCAUAUGUCAAUCACAAAUUAGAUAGAUGUAGUGAUUGUUCUUCAAGUUCUUUUAGCUGGUAUGAUAAAAAACAUGAUAAUUUAUUUUAUUUUAGCAACUUACUAAAAGAAGAUAAACAUUUAAAAAAAAGUAAUUACAAUUUUACUAACACACAAAAAGAAAAAAAGAAAAAAAACAUUUCUCCUUUUUAUAAUUAUAUCUAUUUUAAGUAUUUAGAAAAAAAUAAAAAGAAACUGUAUCCAGUUUUUAUUACUAAUAAGAAUGGUAAAAAGAAAUUAUAUAAUUUAAAAAAGAUGAAUAAAUGUCUUCAAAAUGAUCAAAAUCAAACAAAUAAAUAUGAAUUAGAUAAUAGUUUAUUUAGUUAUAAAAACUAUAAAUAUCUUUGUUGUAAGGAAAACGAUGCAAAAAGAAAAAGUAUUAACUUUAAAAAAAUUGAAAAUAUUUCUUCUUUAAAGAAUCACAAUUUUGAAAAGGAUGAGAUUAACUAUUCAAUAGAUAAAAUAAUUCACCAGAUAGAAAAGUUAUCUAAUUCAGAAAAUGAAUAUAAAAAAAAAGUAACCUUUAAUGAUCAUUUCUCCAAUUUUAUUAAAAAAAAUAAAGAUUAUCUUAAAAGAGAAAACAUUUUCGCAUUUAAAGAACUAUGUGAUGCAGAUAAAAUAAAAUUAAAAGUAAAAAUAAUAGGAACUAAUGGAAAAAUAAUAAAAAACAAACGCUUAGAUAAUGUUAUUAUAAAUAAGAAUAAAACUUUUGGAGAUUUAGCAUAUAAAUUAGGUCAUUUUUUUAAACUUCCUAAAGAUAAAAUUGAAAGCAUCAAAAUUUUUUUUGAUGGUGAUUUAUGUGACAAAAAUAUGUCUUUUGAUAAUAAUGAAUUAGGAUUAGAAGACGGUUAUCAAAUAGAUGUAAAAUUCCCAUUAACAGAUGAUAUUCCUUGUGUAGCAGAUGAAUCAACAUAUAGUGAUGAUUCUUAUAUAAUUUUUUUACCGGAUUCAUAUGUAAUUGAAUAA